CACAUUCCUAGUCGGGAAAAAUCCGCAAUGAGCAAUAGCCCUAAUGGUUCUGGCUAUAAAAGACGGCGCAGAUCCUUCCCAGCCACCACAAGCAGCUCACCGCUCCACACCGCUGAACCUUCCUUCACUGGGCAUCAUGAGAGCUCUGACCCUCGUACUGAUGGUGGCCGUGGCCCUGACGGCGCUGGUGGUGGUGCAGGCCAUGCCAGAACCCUUCCCUGACCCCGAGGCUCUCGCUGAUCCUGAUGCCUUGGCACACAGAUACGGAGGUGGAUUCGGUGGAUUCGGUGGAGGAUUCGGUAGAUUCGGUGGAUUCGGUGGAUUCGGUGGAUUCGGUAGAGGAUUCGGUGGAUUCGGUGGACACCACGGAGGAUUCGGUAGAUUCGGCAGAGGCAGGUUCUAUGGGUAGUGAGAGGCACGCACCCGACACGCGGGGAGAAGCAGGGGAGUGCACACCAUCUUGAGGAAAACACCUGGGCGUGUCAAUUGACGCCCCUGCUGGCGCUCCUCCCCCUACAUUGUCUACAUCCGGCCACACUUCACUCUGGUGGUGGGUGACCUGCAUCUUGCCGAGAGUUUUAACAAUGUGACCGUUCCGUUAAAUACAUCCCUGCUAAUCAUACACUCUGGCAGAUUUCACUAUUUUACGCAAAAACUGUUCAAAAUAAACGUACCUUAGUAU